AUGUAUGACUGCAUCUGUGUAUUAUUACUGUUUCCAGUUAUUAUGGGAGCCUUUGGAGCAGAGAGUGACACUGUGUUAUGUAAGAUGCUGGGGAACCCUGAGUUUCCUCUUCUGUCUAAGGAGGGUGAAAUAAUUAUUGGAGGAGCUUUUUCAAUUCAUAGCCAAAUUUCAAAGCCUUUACUGUCCUUGAAUGAUACUCCAGAACCUGUCAUCUGUUCCAGGAUAAAUUUAAGAGAAUUUCGCUUUGCUCAAACAAUGAUUUUUGCCAUUGAGGAGAUCAACAACAGCAGUUCUCUGCUGCCUAACAUCUCAGUUGGUUAUAAGAUAUUUGACAGCUGUGCUUCAACACUUUCUUCAACACGUGCGGUAAUGGGUUUAAUGAAUGGACAGGAAAGGACUUUUGGAAAAACCUGCUCUGGUCAGUCUUCUGUUCAUGCUGUUGUUGGAACAUCUGAGUCAUCCACAACGAUUGUAAUGCUACAAAUUUCAGGGAUUUUCCAAAUACCACUGAUCAGCCACUUUGCAACAUGUGCUUGUCUCAGUAACAGAAAGGAGUACCCAUCUUUUUUCAGAACCAUCCCCAGUGAUUAUUACCAGAGCAGAGCCCUGGCUAAACUUGUAAAGCACUUUGGAUGGACAUGGGUCGGGGCAGUGAGAAGUGACAAUGACUAUGGAAAUAAUGGAAUGGCAACAUUUAUUUCAGCUGCAAGUCAGGAGGGUGUUUGUGUUGAGUAUUCUGAGGCCAUUUCAAGGACUGGUUCCAGGGAACAGGUUGAGAGGGUGGUCAACGUGAUCCGUAAAGGUACAGCAACAGUUUUAGUUGCUUUUCUUGCUUAUGAUGAAAUGGAUGUUCUGCUUGAAGAAGCUCUGAGGCAGAAUCUGACUGGGCUGCAAUGGGUGGGUAGUGAAUCCUGGAUUACAUCAGGACAUCUGGCCAAAACAAAGUAUUCUGACAUACUGACAGGGUCUCUGGGCUUUGCCAUCAGAAAAGCCAAAAUUACAGGUUUGCGAGAAUUUCUUUUACAGGUUAACCCGAAUCAGGAACCUCAGAACAACCUGCUCAGAGAGUUCUGGGAAGUAACAUUUGGCUGCAGCUUCCAGUCAAGUCUGGACAACAUAAAGCAAUGCUCUGGCUCUGAGAGACUACAGGACAUAAACAAUCCCUUCACAGAUGUAUCAGAACUAAGAAUAUCUAACAAUGUGUAUAAGGCUGUGUAUGCUGUAGCUCAUGCUAUACAUAGCAUGGUCAAAUGUGGUGAGGCAGUCAAUCAGUCAUGUAAUGUGAAGGAUCAUUUAGAGCCAAAGCAGGUUGUGAAACACCUCCAGGAUGUGAAUUUUACAAUUCGUUCAGGAGAGAGAGUGCAUUUUGAUGGAAAAGGAGACCCUGCAGCAGCUUAUGAGCUGGUGAACUGGCAGAGAACCCCACAGGGUGAUACUGUGUUUGUGGCUAUAGGGAGCUAUGAUGCUUCACUACCAAAUGGAAAACAGUUUACCAUGAAUGGUGUUAACAUAACAUGGGCUGCAGAUUCUCCACAGAGGCCACUAUCUGUCUGCAGUGAGAGUUGUCUGGCAGGUUUCAGACAGGCUAUGAUUAAAGGCAAACCUCUCUGCUGUUUCUCCUGCGUUGCCUGUACAGCUGGGGAGAUCAGCAACUCCAGCAAUUCUGCAGAGUGUUCACGCUGUCCGCUUGAGUUCUGGUCAAAUGAAGAUCACAGCAAGUGUGUUCCAAAGGUGAUGGAGUUCCUGUCUUAUGGAGAAACCAUGGGGGCCCUCCUUGCUGCUUUCUCCCUAUUUGGAGCUACCUUAACACUGGUGGUCUUUUGUAUCUUCUUUCAGUUCCGUCACACACCUCUUGUCAAAGCCAGUAACUCUGAGCUGAGCUUCCUGCUGCUCUUCUCCCUGACUCUAUGUUUCCUGUGUUCUCUGACCUUCAUCGGCCAACCCACUGAUUGGUCCUGCAUGCUACGCCACACGGCUUUUGGCAUAACCUUUGCUCUGUGUAUAUCAUGUAUAUUGGCUAAAACUAUAACAGUGCUGAUGGCCUUUAAGGCUACCAGGCCAGGAAACACAGCCCUUCAAUGUUCUGCUCCACUUCAGAGAACAAGUGUUCUUGGCUGUACUUUACUGCAGGUACUGGUUUGUGUGGUGUGGUUAACUUUGGCCCCUCCAUUUCCACACAAAAAUACAGCUUCUGCCUCUGACAGGAUUAUACUAGAGUGUGAUUUAGGUUCACCUGUAGGAUUUUGGGUUGUGUUGGGAUAUAUCGGACUCCUGGCAGUGCUAUGCUUUGUCCUUGCUUUUCUGGCUCGAAAGCUGCCUGAUAAUUUUAACGAGGCUAAAUUAAUUACCUUUAGCAUGUUGAUAUUCAGCGCAGUCUGGGUCACGUUUAUCCCAGCAUAUGUCAGCUCUCCAGGGAAGUUUACAGUAGCUGUAGAGAUCUUUGCCAUUCUGGCCUCAAGCUUUGGGUUGCUUUUCUGUAUAUUUGCUCCUAAAUGUUAUAUUUUACUACUGAAACCAGAGAGAAAUACUAAAAACCACAUGAUGGGGAGAGACCAGUAA